UUGGUAGUAGCCAUUGCGUGUUUAUGCUUUUGUGUGGACGGAAGAAGCGGGACUGAAGAAUUUCUAGACCCCUUAAAGCCAGUGACUAUCUUACGAUUUCGACUUGUUUUAACUAACACUUGGUGUAUUUUAUUGAGUGGAGAAUCGUAUUAUAAUCAGUUGUAGUGAAUUUAACACAGCCUUAAACGUUAGCAAACCCGCUGUGUGCACGUCCCUGCAUUCCAGACCCUGCAUAUCGCAUUUGGGUGGAUUAACCUUAGCGAGUAUUUGAAUCGCUAGCUAAAGUGUUAUUUUGUAUUCGUAACGUUACCAUUUGUACUGAUAAGGCGUUCUUUUCAAGAAACGUGUUUCCAUUUAGAUGGCAAGCUUCCCAGAUUUUGUAAACGAAAAUGAAAUAGGAAAGGCUAAGUUUGUUGGGGAACUAUUAGCUCCAGUUGCACCCUUUGACCAGAAGUCUGGACGGGAGACCUGGACUGUUGCUUUUGCACCUGAUGGUUCCUACUUCGCUUGGUCUCAAGGACAUCGCAUUGUGAGGCUCCUACCCUGGUCAAAAUGCUUAGCCGAUCUGUCUGUGAGGAAGGACGAGCGCUCAACUGGAGUGGGACGCCUAUCGCGGCAGAACAGCAUUGGCACUGUCACCCCGUUGUCCAGUGAACCGCGAGAGCACACCAUUGACUGCGGUGAUGUGGUGUGGGGGCUUGCGUUUGGCUCGUCCGUGCCUGAGAAGCAAAGCCGCUGUGUCAACAUUGAGUGGCACCGCUUCAAGUUUGGUCAGGACCAGCUGCUCCUGGCCACUGGCCUCAACAAUGGCCGCAUUAAGAUCUGGGAUGUCUACACAGGAAAGCUUUUGCUUAACCUGAUGGACCACACAGACAUUGUGCGAGACCUGACAUUUGCCCCUGACGGUAGCCUCGUCCUGGUGUCAGCAUCCCGAGAUAAAACGCUACGCGUGUGGGACCUGAAAGAUGAUGGCAACAUGGUGAAAGUCCUGCGGGGCCAUCAGAAUUGGGUUUAUGACAGCGCCUUCUCUCCCGACUCCUCAGUGCUGUGCUCAGUGGGAGCGGGCAAAGCGGUGUUCCUGUGGAACAUGGACAAGUACACACUAAUCCGGAAGCUGGAGGGCCACCACAAUGAUGUGGUGUCAUGUGAGUUCUCGCCGGACGGAGCCCUGUUGGCCACAGCCUCUUACGACACCCGCGUCAUCCUGUGGGACCCUCACAUGGGCACCGUGCUGUUGGAGCUGGGGCACCUCUUCCCUCCCCCGUCGCCUAUCUUUGCUGGGGGCGCGAAUGAUCGAUGGGUGCGCUCGGUGGCCUUCUGUCACGAUGGCCGUCACAUCGCCACAAUCACUGACGACAGGCUGGUGCGUUUCUGGAACAUUGAGGAGAAGUCCCCUCAGGCCAUUGCACCUGUGGCCAAUGGCCUCUGCUGUGCCUUCUCUACUGGAGGGAGUGUGUUAGCUGCGGGGUCUCGUGAUGGCAGUGUGCACUUCUGGGCAAGCCCACGUUCUAUCGCCAGUCUCCAGCACCUGUGCCGCAUGGCUCUGCGCCGGGUCAUGCCCACUCAACAAGUGCAAACGCUCCCCAUCCCUGUGUGCAUGCAGGACUACCUGGCGUACAAGACUAUCUAGCUGAACCCUGUGCCAAUCACUCACUGUACAACCAAGGACCUUUCCUUCUUUUGUAAAAAAAAAAAAACAAACAAACAACCAAAAACAGACAUAGUUGUAGAGAAGAAGCAAAAAUGCACACCUCAUAAUAUUUGAAGAACAGACACACUAUUGCUCUUUUAUUGCAUUGUUUUUGUAUUUAUUUAUAUUUUUUGUAAGUAUUGCUUUCCAGUGUUUUUUCUUCUCAUCAGCUUCCUUCCUUAAUUGAAUGUCAAAUUCUAUAUAAAUUUUUUCCUUUAUCUGUUUUCCCUUUGGAAAGACAGCGUUUUGUGUUAGCUGCUCCUAUGCAGUGGCAGUGGUGUUCUGUAAGGCCUUCUUCUGUAAGGUUCAGUGCGGUUUUCCUUCAGCACCACUAUAACCUAAUGCAACUGUCCAAACACGAUGUCCUGUGUGAUCUCGUAGAGAGUGACUGCUUGGACACAAGUGGUAGUAGACUUGUGAACGCUAAAUACUUCAUGACUUGAAAGCAGUGCUUCCUCUGCCUUUACUUUCUCAAAGGAAGGAGAACUGCACCUUACUGAAGACUGAGUGCACGAAAGUGAAUGAUCGGUGGAUGGAGAUGAGGGAGGUGUCAAGGAGCCAGUUGUUUUGGCUCACUUGACUGAAAGGCUAUGAAGGGAAUCAAGGAUGUAUCUUGGUAUGUGAGGUGUGUGCGAGUGUGCUUGCAUGGUGGGAGACCUUCUCCGGUAGUGGAAUGCGGGCUGUGGUCAGGGAGAGGGCCUGUGCUGCCCAGUGUGCCUCCUGAGUUGCUCCCUGUUCUUUGCACUGCCCAGUCGUAGCGCUUGCGUAACGUCACACGCAUGUGGGCAUACAGAAACCGAUAACACGUACAGACAUACAUAUCGAUGUAUGUAUAUGUGUAUGUCCUCUUUUAAGUGUUCUGAAGUAAGAACUCAUGGGCCUGCUUGUUUUCUAUUGCUAAAUUGUAUAUUUUCAUCUGUACAAAACAAUGUUUCUUAUCACCAAUCAAUCCGUUAUUUUGUUGGAAUAAAUAUUCUAAUAAAGACCAUGACCUGUAGAUUAACAUCUCUGUAAUGUGAAUAUGUAUGUAUGUAUGUAUGAAUGAAUGCUUAUGUGAAGAUUGAGGCUUCAUCUGUUGAUGUAACAUCUCUACAGUACAUUCCCACUGAAAUAACUCAAGCCGUUGUGCCAAUUGAUGCUACAGAAAUGUUUUCUUUUUGGAAAUGUUACUUUGUUGUUUUUGUGUCCACCUCCUACAAAUCUUUGUCAGAGUUCUAGUAGGAUGGUUCUGUUACCAUGGAGAUUGGUGUUGUAUAUCAGUUCUGUAAUGCUUGGUGAAGCCUCAGAAGCCUUUGGGACAUUGUUUUCUCUUAAGGAGAUUGUGGUGACAAGCUAGUGGGAGAAAUUGCUUGUAGACCUGAUUAAACGUGAACGAUAAUGUGAUUCUGAAUUAAAAAAAUCCCAGCGUACGAUUUCAGGAGAUUGUUUUUGUAUAUUGUGUAUUUGUGUUGUGUUUGUUUGGCUCCUCUUUCUGUAGUCGUCUGUUUCUCUUCUCCCUAAGGAUGGCAGUAACCAUCAUGGCAAUAAUGUUUGGUCUGUUUCUUUCCUUUGUUUGUUUGUUUGUUUGUUUGACCAUCUGUGCUGAUGCCCAAAGAUCCUUAAGAGAUAUGUAACUUUGAAAGUGGCAGUCAGGGAUGGUUGGAGGUCUGUAUUUGAGUAAAACUUGAAAACUCGUCUUUAUGUUUUCUUCUUUGCCUGUCUGAAAUGCUUUUCUCUCAGUUGAAGCCAAACCAUUAAUCCGCAGCAGAUAUCCUAAUUCUACUUCAUCUCAACAAACUAUUAAAUACAGUAUUCAUGCAACACGCUUUGAUGACAGUGGAAGAAAUGAAUGUAUCUCCAUUUACUUCAGUGUAUUCAAUUAUAUGUGGGUUUCAAUAAAAUCUCAUUCCUCAA